GGCUGCAAUGCGAUUGGUUUGACGUAAUUAACGUGCGGCGAGAGUGUUCCAUUGUUGGCGCCUAGCGUGUUUCUAACGUUUUCUGUUGUCGUGACGCGGUACCGCGUUGUGAUUGUGCAAAGCUGGAGAUGAGCGGAGGAGUGUACGGUGGAGAUGAGGUUGGAGCUUUGGUCUUCGAUAUAGGCUCCUUUUCCGUACGUGCUGGCUAUGCAGGAGAGGACUGUCCUAAGGUAGACUUUCCUACCACGAUUGGUGUAGUACUUGACAGGGAAGAUGGGAGCACACCCAUGGAGACAGAUGGCGAUCCAAACAAAGCAAGAGGGCCAACAUACUACAUAGAUACCAACUCACUCAGGGUACCACGGGAAAACAUGGAGGCCUUCUCACCCCUCAAAAACGGAAUGAUUGAAGAUUGGGACAGCUUCCAAGCCAUUUUGGACCAUACCUACAAAAUGCACAUUAAGUCAGAAGCUAGUUUACAUCCGGUUCUCAUGUCCGAGGCUGCUUGGAAUACAAGGGCCAAGAGAGAAAAACUGACAGAACUGAUGUUUGAGCAUUAUAAUAUUCCAGCAUUUUUCCUCUGCAAAACUGCAGUUCUCACAGCCUUUGCCAAUGGUCGAUCUACGGGUCUGAUUUUGGAUAGUGGUUCCACACACACUACAGCCAUUCCAGUACAUGAUGGAUAUGUACUUCAGCAAGGCAUUGUAAAAUCUCCUCUGGCUGGAGAUUUCAUUACUAUGCAGUGUAGAGAGUUAUUUCAAGAGAUGGGCGUGGACUUGAUCCCUCCAUAUAUGAUUGCUUCAAAGGAAGCGGUACGGGAGGGCGCCCCAGCUAAUUGGAAGAGAAAAGAGAAGCUACCUCAGGUCACCCGUUCUUGGCACAAUUAUAUGUGCAGUUCUGUAAUACAGGAUUUCCAAGCAUCUGUUCUCCAAGUGUCAGACUCUACCUACGAUGAACAGGUGGCCGCCCAGAUGCCUACUGUCCACUAUGAGUUUCCAAACGGUUAUAACUGUGAUUUUGGAGCUGAACGUCUUAAAAUUCCAGAAGGAUUGUUUGAUCCUUCAAAUGUUAAGGGUUUGUCUGGUAAUACUAUGCUUGGUGUCAGCCAUGUUGUGACUACAAGUGUUGGAAUGUGUGAUAUUGAUAUUAGGCCGGGAUUAUAUGGCAGUGUGAUUGUUGCUGGAGGCAAUACCUUGGUACAAGGCUUUACAGAUAGGCUGACGCGAGAACUCUCACAGAAGACUCCACCGAGCAUGAGAUUAAAGUUGAUAGCCAAUAACACAACAGUGGAGCGAAGGUUUAGUUCCUGGAUUGGAGGGUCUAUCCUCGCCUCUCUGGGGACAUUCCAGCAGAUGUGGAUUUCUAAACAGGAAUAUGAAGAAGGAGGGAAACAGUGCGUGGAAAGAAAAUGCCCCUAGUGUCUCAGACCACUGCCGUGUCUUGUGCCCUUUUCUGAAAUAGCUUUAGCGCACUCAGGAAACCAACGGACUUCUUUUCUAGUUAUCAGCCUCCUGUAGAUUUUUUGACUCCUCAAUAGAAAUCUGGGUAGCGAGCAUUUGCAUCCAAUGCAUCUGUUUCCAAGCAAUAACCUCCCGUUUUAUAACCCAUGGAGCUUCCCUUUUCACAGAGACUCCUUCGUAAUUGCAGUUUUCGGCAGUGUGAUGUACAGGACGAACAUCAGGAUCAACACAUGAGAUUUGUUAGAAACUGCUCCUUUUUUUGUAACAUAUUUAAGAAAAACGUGCCACAGUUUUUUGUUUUUUUUAUAUAUUUCGUUUUGUUUUUUUUGAGCAAACUAAUGAAUGGUUCAGUAUUAAAGGUACU